CUCAAUCUGUUAGAUAUGACUGGUCAAGAUCCAGAAGUGGAAAACCUCCCCAUUCCUGCAACAAAUGUAAUUGUUGUGACUCUGCAAAUGGAUGUAAACAAGCUGAAUAUCACAUUGCUUAGGAUAUUUCGCCAAGGAGUGGCUGCAGCAUUGGGACUGUUACCUCAGCAAAUUCACAUCAACAGGCUGAUUGGGAAGAAGAACUGUGUGGAACUGUUUGUGUCCCCAGUAAACAGAAAACCAGGUAUUUCUGAUGCACUCCCAUCUGAAGAAGUGCUGCGUUCACUUAACAUCAACAUUUUGCAUCAGAGCUUAUCACAGUUUGGAAUAACAGAGGUCUCCCCUGAGAAAAAUGUUUUGCAAGGCCAGCGUGAAGCAGACAAAAUCUGGAGCAAAGAAGGAUUUUAUGCAGUUGUCAUAUUUCUCAGCAUCUUUGUCAUUCUAGUAACUUGCUUAAUGGUUUUGUACAGAUUAAAGGAGAAGAUCCAGUUGUCACUGAGACAAGAGAAGGAAAAGAAGCAGGAGAUCCACCUCUCACCCCUUCCCCUCCAGACAUCUCAGUCUGAAUACAAGACCAUUAACAGCAUGGUCCAGCCUGAACAGACUCCAAAAGUUGUAAAUGUUGUAGUGGACCCUCAAGGCCAAUGUGUUCCUGAGCUCAAACCUCCCCUGUCUGCCAGUCCAUCUCCUUUCAGAAUGAAACCUGUGGGGCUCCAGGAAAGACGAGGAUCCAAUGUCUCUCUGACUUUGGACAUGAGUAGUUUGGGGAGUGUUGAGCCUUUUGUUGCUGUGCCGACUCCACGAGAAAAAGUAGCAAUGGAAUACCUACAGUCAGCCGGCCGGGUCCUGACCAGACAGCAGCUCCGCGAGACAGUUGCGUGUUCUCAUUUACUUCAAACAGAAUUCAUGGAAAUACCAAUGAAUUUUGUGGAUCCCAAAGAAAUCGACAUCCCGAGUCAUGGAACUAAAAACCGCUAUAAAACGAUUUUGCCAAAUCCUCUAAGCAGAGUGUAUUUGAAACCAAAAAAUCCAUCUGACUCCUUGAGUACCUACAUAAAUGCUAACUACAUUAGGGGAUAUGGAGGUAAAGAGAAGGCUUUCAUUGCAACUCAGGGACCCAUGAUUAAUACUGUGAAUGAUUUCUGGCAAAUGGUUUGGCAAGAGGACAGCCCUGUCAUUGUCAUGAUCACAAAGCUGAAAGAAAAGAAUGAGAAAUGUGUACUCUAUUGGCCAGAGAAAAGAGGAAUCUAUGGGAAGGUUGAAGUCCUUGUUAACAGCGUGAAAGAAUGUGAGAACUAUACUGUCCGCCAGCUUACAAUAAAGCAAGGGAGUCAGUCCCAGAGCGUGAAACACUAUUGGUAUACAUCCUGGCCAGACCACAAAACCCCAGACAGUGCUCAGCCUCUUUUGCAGCUCAUGCUGGAUGUAGAAGAGGACAGGAUGGAAUCACCUGGCAGAGGGCCUGUAAUUGUACACUGCAGUGCUGGCAUAGGAAGAACUGGAUGUUUUAUUGCCACAGCCAUUGGUUGUCACCAGUUGAAGGAAGAGGGAGUUGUAGAUGCAUUGAGCAUUGUCUGCCAGCUACGAGUGGAUAGAGGUGGAAUGGUUCAGACCAGCGAACAGUAUGAGUUUGUGCACCAUGCACUGAGUCUGUAUGAAAGCAGACUUUCUGCAGAAGCUGUCCAGUGAAGCCUAGGAGGGUAAAGCAGAAUGUCAGUUUCUUGAGGUAAUUUGUUUCAUUACCUACCAGCAGCUUCUUCAAGCAGUUUACUGCAGUGGGAAGAGAGGCUUUGAAGCCAGCUUCGGAAGGAUUGUGGAGAGUUUGGCAAAAGUAUGACGAUUGCUGGACCUUUACUGUAAAUGAAUGUAUUGUGAGCUUCCCAAAAAUGAGUUAUAAAGAAGGUACUGUACUGAAACUACACGUGGAUUUCACAUAUAUAUCUAAAGGUGGGUUUAAUUCUGUAAUACUGAUAUCUGCCGUAUGGAAUGUAUGUAUGUGCUACUGCUGCAGUCAGAUGGACAUUGGAACUUCUAAAGAAGAAAUGUUUAUCAAAUGUAUAAAUGCUUUAACGUUUGCAAACUCUGUCUUGUGAAUGGACUGUCAACUGUACUGUAAAGUGCUAUUACUGAUUAUGUGGUAGGCUUGUUUCUUGGCCACAUAAUAUUCUUGCUGCUAAAAUUGCAAGUGUUCAAUUAUGGAUUAAAAAAAGAAAAAGAAGAUGAGAUAAAAAAAAUUUAAAGUCUUGUUUUUGAAAAUAUUCAAAAGCAGUUAAUAUUUUAUAUGGAAAUAUAUGUUCUUCAUACUAUUAACUAUUAAAUGUAUAUUUACUGUAGGUCUUACAGAGCAGUUACAGAGCACAAUGUCUGUUAUUCAGUGUAUAUGUAUUUACCCUAUACUGUUGAUUGUCUUAGAAGAUGCUUCUGCUACAGACCCAAAUCCAGUGUAUUUGUAAAUUGUGUAAGUCAUUUUACUUUUAAAAGAAACUUUGUAGCGUAUAUUAAAUGGUAAAGAUUUUAAAUAUUUGUCUGUAUUUUAUUAAUAGGGGAUUUUUUGCUUAUGUUGUUUAAUGGCUCUAUCUCUUUCAACAGAGAUGGAUGCCUUUAGUGAUAUGAACUGUUCCAUGAUAGGUUAUACAAGAAGGAAAAUGCUGCUAUGAAUGUUUCAUUUACAAUUUAGUAAGAAUUUUUUCCUUAAGAGAAAUAAGAAGUUGGCAUUAUGACUUACAGCAAGCACUGGGAGGUCUGUUCACAGGGUAUAAUGAGUUUUUAAUGCAGUGAUGUUGACUUUGCUUCAUACUGCUAAUAA